GCAUGUCUUGUGUUUUCAUGAUACGGGUGAUAGGGCUUUUGUAAUAGGGGUGAUAGGGCUUUCUGGCUCCAGGGACUCACUUUGUAUAACAUUUGAAUUGGCCUGUCCAGUUUUGAAUGGCAAACUAUCACAAUAGUUUUCUGGGGAAAGGGAAGUAUUUGUGCUGUCUAGAUUUUGUUUAGUUUUUUUGCCAUGAUUAACACACGACCUGUGGGGCUAUGCAGGUAAGCAGCAAUGAGACUUCUGAUUAACUAUAUUUCACCCUUGGAUCAGUGAACAGACUGAUAAAGCCAUGGCUAACAAUGCCACCCACAGCCUCAGGGCAGGCUACAUGACAUGAUUGUGUGUCUAGGUUCAGGGCUGAGUGUCUUUACUAUGUCUUAUACUCUGUCUCCCUCUGCCUGGCACUUUACCAGUUAUAAUGCAUUAGAGACAUUGUGUACAUUUGACCUGAUCGAUGGAUUCUUGUUAACUCUGCUGCAAUCCUUCUGUCAGUGCUGGCCCUCUCGCUGCUAAACUGUGGUUUUCUUCUUAUACACACGGCCUCUGAGACCUGUAGUAAAUCAUCUAAUUAUGAAUUGCCUUAAUUGGUGGAUAAAAUGUGGCGCAUAUGCGCUAUUCGGUUUAGUUGUAGUUCAGUGCAGUUGGUAUUCACCUCUUAUGGCUGUGAGCAGGCGGUUAGUUGUGUACAGUGGGACUUUCCGGCUUCCCCUCCAGGGGCUCCUAAUCAAUGGCUAUGAGGCAUAAUCAGCAGCACACACAACUGGACAUUUCCUUAGUACAGACACCGCUGUGAGGAAGCUGUCUUGUGUUGUGGCUAGAUGUUAAGCUGAGACCUGUCCUUGUCUCACCUCCUAUAGCAGGGCUAUGUCCUCGGCAGCAACCACACCUCCAUCUGUGGACAAAGUGGACGGAUUUUCACGGAAGUCUGUCAGGAAGGCCAAGCAGAAGCGAUCGCAGAGUUCGUCCCAAUUCCGGUCUCAGGGCAAACCCAUCGAGCUCACGCCCCUGCCCCUGCUCAAGGACGUGCCAGCGCCGGAGCAGCCGGAGCUGUUCCUGAAGAAGCUGCAACAGUGCUGUACUGUUUUUGACUUCAUGGACACGCUGUCUGACCUAAAGAUGAAAGAGUACAAGCGCUCCACGCUCAACGAACUGGUGGACUAUGUCACCGUCAGCAGGGGCUACCUGACAGAACAGGCCUACCCGGAGGUUGUCAAAAUGGUGUCUUACAACAUAUUCCGGACCCUUCCGCCCACCGACAGUAAUGAGUUUGACCCAGAGGAAGAUGAACCCACACUCGAGGCCUCAUGGCCGCACUUACAGCUGGUGUAUGAGUUCUUCAUACGAUUCUUGGAGAGUCAAGAAUUCCAGCCCAGCAUUGCCAAAAAGUACAUAGACCAGAAAUUUGUUCUACAGCUCUUGGAGCUAUUUGACAGUGAGGAUCCUCGGGAGAGAGACUACCUGAAAACAGUCUUACACAGAAUCUAUGGGAAAUUCCUGGGGCUGAGGGCUUUUAUACGAAAACAGAUCAAUAAUAUUUUUCUACGUUUUGUUUAUGAGACUGAGCACUUUAACGGGGUUGCUGAGUUACUGGAGAUCUUGGGAAGCAUAAUCAAUGGUUUUGCCCUGCCGCUCAAAGCAGAGCACAAACAGUUUCUGGUCAAAGUGUUGAUCCCCCUCCACACUGUCAGGAGUCUGUCCCUCUUCCACGCACAGUUGGCGUAUUGCAUUGUACAGUUCCUAGAGAAAGACCCAGCGUUAACAGAACCAGUCAUCAGGGGCUUACUGAAGUUCUGGCCAAAAACCUGCAGUCAAAAAGAGGUUAUGUACCUGGGGGAGCUGGAGGAGAUCCUAGACGUGAUUGAACCGACACAGUUCGUCAAGAUCCAGGAGCCGCUUUUCAAACAGAUCUCCAGAUGCGUAUCCAGCCCACACUUCCAGGUGGCAGAGAGGGCCCUGUACUACUGGAACAACGAGUACAUCAUGAGUCUGAUUGAGGAGAACUCCAGCGUUGUCUUACCCAUCAUGUUCGCCAGCCUGUACAGGAUCUCCAAAGAACACUGGAACCCGGCGAUAGUGGCGUUGGUGUACAACGUACUGAAAGCCUUCAUGGAGAUGAACAGUACCUUGUUUGAUGAGCUCACAGCUACUUACAAGUCAGAUCGCCAGCGCUAGUCCUGCCUCCCCCCGUACUGUCUGCAGUGAGAAGAAGAAGGAGAAGGAGAGGGAGGAGCUUUGGAAGAAGUUAGAGGACCUGGAGCUGAAGAGGAGCCUUAGGCGUGACGGGAUAAUUCCCACUUAACGAAGCGCCACGCUCCUCUCCCAUCCAUGUCCACCGGAGCACGCCCCGUGGAUCCUGUAUGGCCAUCUGGAACGGCAUGGAGCGACCGUGUUUUUUUUGUUGUUUUUUUUUCUGUAUUGUGCGACUUACUUUAUGGUAGAUUCACACGUUGUUUCAUUAUUUCAACAGCACUGUAAAUAACUUUUAUCCUUAAACUGCUAUUAUUGCGAAAUAAAAAUUGUAAAAAAAAUAAAAUAAAACGCGAUAAGGAACUUGUGUGGGGGUAAAAAUAUACUUUGGACAUUAAGACUUGAAAUGAACAGCAAAGUUAAAACAAUCUGUUAACUUCCCUCCUAUUUGAGAACCCUACCCACUGUCCUUGAAUACAAACCCAUUUUCCAUCUGGUUCUACUCUUUGCUCUUUCUCUCUCCUCUCUGUCCCUCUCACACUUUGGUGCUUCUGUACCUCUCUCCCUUUUGUGGGACGUCCUGACUGAAUGAGAUACCUGGGAGGCCCCGCCCUGACCAAGAGGGCACCCCUUCUCUCUGUAAGGACCACCCUCUGACCCCUCCUGACCUGACUCAUGAUGAAGCCAUGCUGGUAUUAUAUUAUAUGGACCCAUUAGCCAUGAGGAAAUGAAAUAACCCCUCGUCCCUCUCAACCCCUCCUCCAAGAGGCGAACAUGUUAAGGUCCUGUAUGUACAGGGACUAAAAUUUUAAAAAACAAGGGAAGAUCUCCAUACACAUACUUACAUUCAUUCUCUCGCACCAUUUUUCUCCCCACUUCCACAUUUGUUUCUUUUCACUUGUGUGUGUGUGUGUCUCCCCAAUGAUUUGAUUGGUUUCUGUCAGUUCAGUUUUCUCUUUGGUUUUAUGGACUUUGACCCUGCAGUACCAGGUAGCCUGGUAUCAGUCUGGUACUGGUACCCUCCAGCCACACAGAAAAUGGGAUAAAAAAAUAAAAAACGAUUGCGAGCUAUAGAGGAGCACCAAACUCGCCUAUUGUGAAAAGGAGUGUCACUCCCAAGUGUGCUUUACACAGUAUUACAAACCUGUAUAUUGUUAUUAAACGCAGUACACUGAUA